UUAAAACUCUUAAUUUGAAACCCUAAUUCAGGAGAUCGAACGAAAUGAGUAACAUGGAGUGGGAGAUGGUGGAGCUUCACCGAAAUUCCGGCAAUUGGGCAACAAUGGUGGAAGAAAUUGCGAGAUUAGAGAAGAGGAUCUUCCCCAAGCACGAGUCUCUUGCCACUUCAUUCGAAGCAGAGGUUAAAAGGAAGAACAGCGGUUUGCUUUAUACUCACGUUAGAGGCGAAGUCGCCGGAUAUGUGAUGUACUCUUGGCCUUCCUCGCUUUAUGCUUCCAUCACCAAACUUGCAGUGAGAGAGAAGUAUAGGAGACAGGGCCAGGGGGAAGCACUGCUGAAAGCAGCCAUCGACAAGUGCAAAACUAGGAACAUUCACCGUAUAUCUCUUCAUGUAGAUCCCUCAAGAACCGCAGCGAUGAAUCUCUACAAGAAAUUCGGCUUCCAGGUAGAUAAUUUAAUAGAAAGUUAUUAUUCAUUAGAUAGAAAUGCGUAUCGAAUGUACUUGGAUCUCAACAAAGAUAUACAAGCAUGAUCGAUAAUUAACUACAACGUGCAUUUACAAAGUAAAACACAGACUUAGAAACCGGAGCUACUAAAAUGAAUUCAUGUUCUUUUUGUACGUGAUUAAAAUCAUGCUCGGAUAAUGGAACGAUGAAAUAGUUUUCUUUAUUAGGCCUCUUUCAGCACUUUUUAUGGAAUUUUGCUACUGCAUUCGGGUAUAUGUUGUUAAAAAUGUUGAUUUAGUUAAACUAUGUCGAGCUGAACUUUUAGCUAGAAUUCUGAUAUGUUAAAUUUACAUACUGAAUGUUAAACCGGUGAUCAAUUGUAAUAUCGAUUUUGAAUCAUCUGA